AUGUCGCCGGAAGCGUCCUGCGGGCAUAGCAAGCGUGACCUGCUGCGUCGCUUGCUCGUGGUGGCUUUGCCGAGCUAUCCCAUCACCCUGGUGACGAGGUGCGUGGGCUUGGUGUCUACGAGCAUGGUGGGGCGUCACGUCAAGGACCCGGCUGCCUUAGCGGCCGUGGGGUUGAGCAACGUGAUCACCAACAUCACCGGGUACUCGGCGCUCUGGGGCUUCUCCAGCGGGGUGAGCACUCUGAGCUCCCAAGACUGGGGCGCCGGGAACUUCCAGGCCCUGGGCCUCACGCUACAACGGGCGUAUCUGAUUCUGGUUCUCUGCGUGUGCUUGCCCCUGCUGGUGCUGUGGCUCUACUCCGAGAGGCUUCUCAUAGCGGUGGGCCAGCAUCCCGAGGUGGCGCACUAUGUGGGCAUCUACACCUCGGUGCGGUGCUGGUCGUUGAUGUUCAUGCCCAUGAAUUGCGUGGUCACGCGCACGCUGGGCGCCAUGAGCAAUGUGAAGAUCAAUUUGGCAAUGAGUUUGACGGCCUCUGUGCUGAAUGUGACCUUGAGCUCCACGUUGGUGCCAAGGCUUGGGUAUGUGGGUGCCCCUUUGACGGCCUGCAUUUGCGACAUCUGUGAAUGCGUGGGAGUUUUGUGCCUUGCAUUUUUUUGCAGCACGGACUUCCGGAAGUGCUGGGGGGGCUUCUCCAGAGAGGCCUUCACAGGGUGGAAGGCCUACUGCAAGGUGUCGCUGCCCGCCCUGGUGCUCAUGUGCAUCGAGUGGUGGACCUGGGACCUGCAGAGCUUCAUCGCGGGCUUCAUCUCCGAGAGCGCCCAGGCGGUGCAGAGCGUGGCCCCGGCGGUGGGGGACCUGCAGUAUGCCGUGGGCCAGGCCUUUGGCAACGGCGCCUCCACCGUCGUGGGCAACAUGCUGGGGGAGAACGACCCCAAAGCCGCCAAGAUGGCUGCGAUGCUGACGGUGGUGAUGAACGCCACGGUCAUGCUUCUACAGGCGUCAAUCUUUGCGGUGUUCCGGAGCGACGUUGCUGCGCUGUUCACGCAGAACCCACAGAUCCUGGCCGGCAUCAUGUCUUUGUUGCCCUUCUCGCUGAUAUUCAGCUUGAUCGAUGGGAACCAAAGCGCCAUCGCCGGAGUUUUGGUGGGGGCAGGCAAGCAGGACGUGGGUGCCGGCAUCGUUUUUUUCUGCUAUUGGGUGGUGGGUGUGCCGUUGGGCAUCCUGCUGGCCUUUGGGAUCGGAGGCUUUCUCCAGCCUGUGGGGCUGAAAGGUUUGUGGAUCGGUAUGCUGGUGGCGGUGUGCGGGCACCUCUCCAUGUUCCUCGUGCUGCUUUCGCGCCUCAAUUGGCGCAACCUCGCCGAGCAGGUAAGGGCCCGCGAGGAGUCGCAGGAGAACGCGCCGGGAUCAAUCAGCCUCAUAGAGGUGGAGCGCCUGCUGCAGCUGCGGAAGGCGCAGGGCGUGGCCAAGUUCUCACGGCGAGGCCGCUGGCAGGCGCAGCUCGCGUCCGGGAGCUCCUUGCUCAGGCUGGGCCUGAAUGGCGUCUACGAGGCCAAGGACGAGCUGCCGGACUUUUGGUUCUUCCAGACCUGCAGGGAGUUUGGCUUCUACCAGACCUGCGAGGCCACAGGUGGCUGCAUGUUCGUGCGGGACCUCGCCAACGUCAGCUACUAUGCGGCAAAUUGCAUGAAGCUCUACAACAUCACACUUGGGGACGUCCAGUCCAACAUUGAUGGCACCAACUACCACUACGGUGGCCUUCUUCCGACUGGGACCAAGGGACAGCUUGGCAGGUGCGUGAUGUUCCCGAACGGCGAGGUGGAUCCUUGGUCCACUCGCAGUGUACUUCAAUCCCCUGGCAAGGAUCUGCCGACCUUGUACGUGUCCGGGGCCUCGCAUCACGCUUGGACAUGGCCCUCCCGGAAAGGGGACCAGGAGUCAGUGAUGGCGGCUCGCACCAAAAUUCGGGAGCAGGUGGAUGCGUUCUUUCAGAUGGACUGCGAUGAGGAUGCCCCACAAGGGCAGACGCCCCGGAGCCCCGUGCUGGCAGCCUAG